GGCGAGACGUCAAAGCAGUUCCUGUGAUAUCACAAACCAGGUGCCGCUGUGUGUCCCUGGAGGCGAGAUGUUGAGGCAAGAUGGCUGGACCCUCGACACUCCGGACCCUCAUAGUGGCGACGUUCUGGGUCCUGUGCAGUCUCUCCAUGCUGGCCACUGUGUGCAGCGACUCCACGACUGCCAGUGUGUACACCAUCUCGACGACUACUCCUGUGCAAACAACCGUUUCCACGACGGCCACGCUGCACAUUAUCUCCACGACGUCCGUCCCAGGAGACACUGUGGCCCCUCAACCUCGUCCUUCCACUCCACAUACUCAGUCGACCUUGGAAGAUCUGGAGUCUCAGUUUCUGUUUUCAGUUCCUGAUGGUCAAAGUGCACCGCUGACGACAGAAGACCUUCACCAUGGGUUUGUUCUCACGUCUCCCCAGGGUCAGUUCACGACUCCGACAAGCAAGGACCUGAAACUUGAUCUUAGAACCAAGUCAGCAGCUUCGGAAGCUUCAGGGUCAAGGUUUAGAAAACCAGAUCUGAAACCCAUUAUUGCAGGUUUAUAUUCUGAAGCUUUAACGACAGUGGGCCUUACACACUCAAGUAAAAGUAAGGCAGACUCAAAGGUUUUGACGCCCAAGUAUUUUGAAUCAUCAGUCGAGGCGUCUGAUGUCAGUCUAAAACCUUAUGUCGCUCAUCCACUGUUGUCAUUGUUAACAAAUCAAGUGAUGCGAAGAUCAGCUGAGUCAGACACCGUAUUGGCCUCUGACUCACUCCUCUACCUCCACCGUCCCCGUCAAGGUCAUGCUGAUGUGUCCGGCUGGCUCAAGAGUGGACCUGGCGGCGCCACGACAGAUAGAGAGAAGCAGAUUAUGAAGAUUAUGACGAGUCAGUUUGAAGAGGAGAUUGCACAAGUGUUCAAGGAUGUGGCAUACAGAGGCUCGUCCUCCAAGAGCUACCCACCAUUUAGACGGCCAGGCGUGAUAACAUCUUCCAGCAGUGGGAGUAACAACAGGAUAGAGAGAACAACAGCAUUGAGCGAGAAUCCUCACUACGACUAUGUUGCUGAUGGACGAGAUGAAGAUAUUCUGUCUGGGAGAAGAAAUGUAUCAGGUACUAAAUUGUCAGUAAAUGUGUCAAGUACCGCAGGAAAUAAGUUUAAAAAUGAACAUCAUGAAUCAGAUGAAGAAGCUUCCAUCUCCAACAACCCGACCACCAGAAGUGAUGGCAGAGCGACUCCGACUGAUAUAGAGAAAAUGUUGGAAGUGUCCGAAUACGACCAUGAAUUAUACGACUUAUAUGAAGGACAUUAUAGUGACUUCUACAAUGAUAACAGGAAGCCGGAAAUAACCAGAAGAGGCGAUGCUGGGGCAGAUACCAACACCUCACCAAGGAAGUAUCCCUCUGAGCAUAACAACAAUUACACGGACGUAUUGCAGAAUGAGACUUUGGCAACACAACAAACACCUCAACAGCAAUACAAAGCAACACCUCGACUCUCCUGGUUUGACGCUUUGUUGUGUAGUAACAGGAACUUGGCGUGGAUACUUAUAAACUUCUUGCUGGGGUUCUUACUCUUCGGGUUGAGUCUCCUGGCUGUGUACCGCCUCCUGAUGCUGAAGUCGUGCACACAUCUGCUCCCCCGGACACAUUUCGUUACUGUACACUUACUCAUUUUCAUCGCGUCGUUCCUCAAGGCGCUGUACUUGUUCCACCUGGCGUACGGCAGCAAAGAUAGACUGCCUCUGGUUCUCGUCCUCCUGUUAACCAAUACAGGGCUUCCAUGUUUCUCUUCAGCAUUCUUAAUCUUAAUGAUAAUGAUGUUUCUCACUGCCGAUGUACAAGUUUACAAACCAAAGCUCUUUACUAUGCAAAAUAUUUCUAUCUUUAUUAUCAUGAAGUUUGUUCUGUGUUUUAUUGCUGAUGUCAUAGUUGGAUGUGCGCACAGCAAGAGUGUGUUAGUGUUGUCUAGAGUGAUGGUGAUUAUUGUGGCCUCAGCUGUGGUCAUGUUUUACGCUCGUAAGCAUCAGAUGGUGGUCCAGGUGUUUCAAAUGUUGAAGAGAGAGUUUCAGGGGGAACUAAAGUUAUUGGUCGUUCCUUCCAAAGACUUAUCACAGGACAGACAGAUGGGUAUCAAACACAUACUGAGAAGCCGUCUGCAUCUUUGGUGUAAAGCAAUGAACGUUUCUGCUGUCUUUCUCACAUUUUUGUGUCUCAUUCAUCUCUCUCACACAGUGUUCCUCAUCAGCUCACAUGUACCUGCCUGGGCGUGGUGGUUGUUUCAUAUCUCUGGGUGUUUGGUGGAGACACUGUUGGCUGUCACAGUGUGUGUGGCUGCGGCCUUAACUCAGCGAUAUGAUGAAAAAAUUCACUUCCUCUACAGCUUUUUGGUUCCCUCAAGUCUACUACGAAGUGAAAAAGCAGUCAAGUCAAAGGAAAGAAACGGUAAUGUAAUAUAUCAAAGAGUUUCAUUCUCAAGUGGAACCGAGAGUACCCAGUACACCACCUGUUUCCCAGAGGCAGGACCCACACGCUGUGAUCCACCCUCAAGAACCCCAAAAGCCCCCAGACGACGUGGCGCUACAGUCAAAAGAUCUGCCACAUUCAGCCACGGGCCCCAACACCAGUAUGGUCCAGGCCAGGUUUAUGGGCCUCCAAUGACUCAUGCCCAAGUUCUUCGGACAGGUUCAGCCUCCCAGAUACCCAUAUACAGUACAGGUUCACACGUGUCUAUUUAUGGCCCGAGUCUGGUUUCUCAGGUACCCAUCUACAGCCCACCCAGCGUCGCCUCCAUGUUGGUACACGAGGAUGGUUUUGUGAGGAUCAGAACACAGUUGGAUCCUCGUCAGGCAAACCAAAUGGUAUAUAACUCUCAGAGCAGACUACAAGAUCCUCGCAUCCAGGGAUCAACUCCCCAGCUUCAUGGGUCGUCUCCACAACAACUGAACGGUCUUGGAAGGCAAGAAAGUUUUUAUCAAAGUUUGUCACGCAAGAGAAGGAACUCUCGUAGCUCAGACAUUCUUCAGAAUAAUAUCGACGUUCCUGAGAGUGAUUACCUUUCUUCUCCCAGCAGCAGAAGAAGUUACAUACAUCAUCCUAACCUGCCGCCGCCACUCACCCAAGAGACACCAGAGCCAGACUACCAAAGUCUCUCCCGGAGGAGGAGGAGGAGGAGCUCCAGGGACCCCAACCUCCAGCAUCACAACAACAUUGAGAAAGAAAAUAAUGACUAUCACAGUCUCUCCAGAAGGAGGAGGAGCGCCCGAGAACACCCACUUUGCCACAUGAAUAACCUUGACAGACCUGAGAGUGACUACCACAGUCUUACCCGGCGUCAAGUGUCUCAGGAGGAUAACAACUACCCGCCAGGAGUUGAGGUUGAUCACCACGUUGUUCCUGGCACAAGAAGGAGUGUCCGUGAGCCAAUACUUCCUCCAUUAAAUUUCUAUGAGGAACCAAGUGUUAACUAUCGUCUGCCGCCACACUGUGGCAGCCCAUCAACACGGCAUAAAAUUUCUAACUUUCCGACCUCUCCCACCGAAUCACCCGUCCACACCUACCUCUGCUCCUCUCCUGGCAACUCAAGGAGAGCGGCUCAGUUUCCUAAGCCCUUCGUGCGUGCAGGAAGCAAUGCAAGCCUUCAGGGAGAGGAAAACUACCACUGGGACCACCUCCCACGGGGUAAUCCUGUAAGACGUAACCACUCCUCGGCUGGCUACUUCCCCUCCAGGAACAUGGCACCUCCCAGCCCCUCCCUGACGGACACCCACAGGUACGGCUCCCUCAGACUUGGGGUCGUCAGGAAACGACAGCCAGGGUACGUGAUCAACACGAACACCAGCAAGAUGUUUAACAAGUACCGUGGCGACAGGUACCUUGAGACUAAAGAUGCCUUAAGUGAUUUAAGGAACGACUCAGUUGGUCCUGACCAAAAGGCUGCGGUGAAUGGUCCUUCUGGCAGAGGUCCAGCCGAGGACUCGGACACAACACGAGAUACGAAUGAGAGAGAGUGUCCGAGUAGACAGAGUGAGAGAAGAGGAAAGACAGGUAGAAGUGGUGAUCAAGACUGGGCAUUAGAACUUAUCAAAAGUAGUUCCAUCUUGACUGACUUUUAUUCCUUAGAGAAACCUGAAGACAAUAUCCCUGAGGAGGGGGAGAUGGUGUCCGAGGAUAAAGAUAAUGGAUGAAUUGAUGUCUUGUGAUUGUGUCAGUGAGUUUGAGCAUAAGUUGAUAGUUUUAAGUCGAAGACACAAACAAAUAUUAUUUAUAAACUUUAAAUGAACUAGAAUUUUUUUUUUCACUUUUUGCAUUUUUAGUUAUUGGUUGUCAAAAUGAUUGUUUUUUUUUUAAAUUGCGAUUGAAGAAGGUAAAUAAUUUCCUUAAUUAAUAUAACAAAUUAUGAAAAAGUUUUGUGUCUUCUUGAAAAUUGAUCUUGUGUCAGAGGGUUAAGAAUCACAGAUCAUCAUUCCUCAUAUCUGAAGAUGUAACAUAAAACCUAACUGGAUAACUUAAGCUAAAGCACAAGAAAUAUCUACAAGUAAAAGUAUAAAACGACCCUGAGAGUCUUUCUUAACUAAAUAUAUUCGCUAAAUAAUUCUUAAAAAAAAAAAAAAAAGAAUUAUAUGAAAAAGAUCCAUUACCUCAAUUUUGUUACCAGUUGAUUUUAGUGAAUGAAUCGACUGGAGGAAAAGGUCUCAGCUAUUUUCAGUUAAGGUAAUAUUUGUAUUAUACCUUAAGUCAACCAGGUUAGUAUUAUCUUACAUCUAUCACUUACGAGAUCUGAUCAUCUUAUGAACCUCUGUGACUCUGGACCACAACGUCAAUGGUGAUAUUGUUCAUGUACAGCCGUUUGCUCUUAUUAUAUGGUGAGGACUGAUACUCGAGUCCCCACCAUGUGCAGCACCACACUACCCAGGGACCAGAGUCUCAAAUAUCCCUAUGUUAUUUUCUUUCCUCUUAGCUGAGCAUAAGAGAACACACUGUAGUGACGAUUGACUUUUAAGAAACUUUAAUAUUAUUUUGACAGACAGAUCGUCCAUAAGAUUAAUAAUGACAAUAAUAAUGACAAAAAAAUCAUGAUAAAAUGCCACUAUCAAUGGUACUCAGAUUAUAAUGUACUCUAUUAUACAAUGUAAAUGAAUUGAAGUUGUGGAAAAUCACCAUAAAUCCACAAUCUUAUACAAUACAAAUGAAUAUUGUCACACUUGAAUAAACACUUCAGUUUGUCCUGUGGUGGGUCAACUCUCUUAAUGACUAAACCAGCAACCAAUCAAAGUCAAUGACCAGUUACUGAGGAAGCCAGGAAAAGUUAAUGAGUGAAGCGGUAGUGUUCUCCUGUCACCAACUGAGGGGAAGAACUUAUCAUGGUUACCUUUGACGACACACACACACACACACACACACACACACACAGCGCCACACACACACACACACACACACACACACACACA